GUCGUGCUCAGUGCCUCGCAUAAGCCGAACGUUGCUUAGGAGCAGUCACAGCAGCAUCCGCAAAACAACCGUAUCACAAAAAUCACAAAAAGGACGACUAGUGAAACGAAAACGAAACCAAAAACAACAAAUUGCUCUUAAAAAAAUAAGCUUAAAAUCCAACACAAGCAAAUGAACUAGUGAAUGUGUUAAAUGCUCUAUAAUAAUAAUUAAACAAUAGCGCAGGAUUUGAAAAUUAGAAAACAGCCUUUAAUCAGGUAUUUCGCACAUGCGCGAACUUGGCAUACAAAAAAACGAAAAAAACAACAAACUAAAAAGCAAAAGCCAAAAAAAUAGAUAAAAACGACAAAAAAGGAGCAGCCACUAACACACCAACACACAACCUCCCAACUGCGUGCGCGUGUGCGUGAGUGUGUGAGUGCGUGUGUUUUUUGUUUCGCACGCACAUUUAUCGUCGUUUUGUUGAGUUUAACGGUGCCGCGGUCAAGUGUAGAAGAGAGCGCGAGAGCCUCCGGUUCCCGAUUACCGAAUCCCGAAAAUUUUGGAGAUUUAUCUGCAGUGCUGUCGCCCAAGCCGUGAGUAUUAACAGCAGCCCAAGAUGCAGAACUGGGAGACGAGCACGGCGUCGGCCAACUAUGAGCAACACAAUGCCUGGUACAGCAGCAUGUUUGCCGCCAACAUCAAACAGGAGCCCAUGUCGCACCAUCAACAGCAGCCACAACACGAGAGCAACAACAGCAAUGCCAGCAGUCCAAGGCAAUCGCCACAUCUGCCCAGCACUCAACUGGAGCAAUAUCUGAAACAGCAACAGCAGCAACAUCAGCAGCAGCAGCCCAUGGAUACGCUGUGCGCAGCGGCAAUGACGCCAUCGCCCAGCAAUAACGAUCAGAACAGUCUGCAACACUUUGAUGUCACACUGCAGCAGCAACUGUUGCAGCAGCAGCAAUACCAGCAACACUUCCAAGCUGCACAACACCAGCAGCAGCAGCAGCAACAUCAUCAUCUCGGAUUAGGAGGCUUCAAUCCGCUAACCCCGCCAGGAUUGCCCAAUCCCAUGCAACACUAUUACGCCAGCAACAUGCGUCCCAGUCCACAGCCAACACCCAUAGCAACAGCGGCAACAUCAGCUGGUGUUGCAGCCACACUGCAAACUGGGGACAAAUUGCAGGCGCUCACACCUCCCAUGGAUGUGACACCACCAAAAUCACCGGCCAAGUCCCAGCAAUCGAAUGGUGCGGAGCCAGAGAAGGAACACGAUUUGAUGUCCAAUUCCAGUGAGGACAUGAAGUACAUGGCCGAGUCCGAGGAUGAUGAUACCAACAUCCGCAUGCCCAUCUACAAUUCGCAUGGCAAGAUGAAGAACUACAAGUGCAAGACAUGCGGAGUUGUUGCCAUCACCAAGGUGGACUUUUGGGCACACACACGCACCCACAUGAAACCGGACAAGAUUCUACAGUGUGCCAAGUGUCCGUUUGUCACCGAGUUCAAGCAUCAUCUGGAGUAUCACAUUCGCAAGCACAAGAACCAAAAGCCCUUCCAGUGCGACAAAUGCAGCUACACAUGUGUCAACAAAUCCAUGCUCAACUCGCAUCGCAAGUCGCACAGUUCGGUGUAUCAGUAUCGUUGCGCCGACUGCGACUAUGCCACCAAAUACUGCCACAGCUUCAAGUUGCAUUUGCGCAAAUAUGGUCACAAGCCCGGCAUGGUUCUGGAUGAGGAUGGCACACCGAAUCCCUCGCUUGUCAUCGAUGUCUACGGCACUCGCCGAGGUCCCAAGAGCAAGUCCAUCUCGGGAAGCAGCUCCAGCUGCAGCGGAUCCAGCAAGCGCAGCAGCAAUGCCGCCGCAGUUGCUCAACAGCAGCAGCAGCAGCAGUCCGUGGUUGUUCCCGUGACAGCAGCAACAUCACAGCUUUCGGCAGCACUUCAAGGAUUCCCCUUGCAUUCCACAACAACAGUUGCUCCACCGCCUCCAGCAGCAGCAGUCCCAACAGCAGUAGCCACUCCUGUGGCAGCCAUUUCGCCACCAUCGCCGGCCAAGAGCGUGGCCAGCCAGGAGCGUGAACAGCCUCCGAGUCUGCCCAGUGCUUUGCUGCCGCCAUUGGCCAGUUUGCUGCAACAGAACCACAACAUGGCCUUUUUCCCCUACUGGAAUCUCAAUCUGCAGAUGCUUGCCGCCCAGCAGCAGGCCGCCGUUCUGGCCCAACUGUCGCCACGCAUGCACGAUCAAUUCCAACAGCAGCAGCACCAGCAACAGCAGCAGCAACAUCUGCACCAACAACACGAGCAAACCGCACAGAGCGAUAACGAAGAAGACGACGACCAGGACGAUGAUUUUGAGCGCAAGUCAGUGGACUCGGCAAUGGAUCUGUCCCAAGGCACACCUAUCAAGGAGGAGAUGCUGCCACACAGCAGCCACAUGAAUCACAUGGCCAUGAAUCUGAAGAUCAAGGACGAGGAUACACCAUUGAUCAGCAGCAGCACAGCGUCACGCCGCAAAGGACGCGUGCUGAAGCUCGACACACUGUUGCACCUCAAGUCUGCCGCCAUGUCAUCACCGGAACAGCCUUUAAAGCUGCCCACCGCCUCGUCACCCAUUGCCGGCAGCAGCGCCGUCAAGCAGCUGGCCGAUGAUCCAUGCUCGGGUGCCAGUUCGGCUGAUGAGUCGAUGGAAACCAGCCAUGUGCCACAGGCAAACACCAGUGCCAGCUCAACAGCAUCCAGUUCGGGCAACAGCUCCAAUGCCAGCAGCAAUGCAGCACCGCCAGCCACUGCCUCCGUCUCCGUGUCGAGCUCAGCGUCUGUUGUUGCCGCCACUGCCACAGCCACAGCCACAGCCUCCGUCUCCAGCUCAUCCUCAUCCACGGGCAGCAGCAGCGCCAUCAGCAGCAACAGCAACAGCUCGCCGGCCAUCUAUGAAUGCAAGUAUUGUGAUAUUUACUUCAAAGACGCUGUGCUCUACACCAUCCACAUGGGCUACCACAGCUGCGACGAUGUCUUCAAGUGCAACAUGUGCGGCGAGAAAUGCGACGGACCCGUCGGACUCUUCGUGCACAUGGCUCGCAAUGCCCACUCCUAAAGCAGAGGCCCAUCACACACAAUUGUUAUUCUUAUUAUUAUUAACCUAUUUCGUUGCCCAGAAUUGUAAAUAUUCGUAAUUUUAGUUUGAUUUUGUUGUCAAGAAUUGUAAAUAACGCCUAAAAACCCAUACAGCAAACUAACACUAGACAUAAGCCCUAAUCACAACUCAAUGUGUAAUCUCUAACUAACCCCAAUUCUCACUUCUUUCCUCAAUCUUAUUUCUAAAUUUCCGUAUUAUUUAGUUGAUCAACCAAACGAAUGUCGCGAACCGAACAAAAAACCCUGAAAAAG